ACCGCGUUGAAGGAUCAGCGGAAGCUGCACACGCGCCAGUGCACUCGACCUGCUGACACCCUGGCCCCCCCAACACGCCCAUGACGACUCCCCAGGGAGGCUGGGGCACACCGCCCACGGCCCCCCCGCAACCUCCCUCAGGGGAGGCUUCAAGCUCGGGAGGGUCGUCGCCCUACAGCAGCGCCGGCCACGCCGCCAAGUGCCCGCCAGCCCUGUACGCCGACCUGCUGCGCAGCGCCAACGGCGACCAGCAGCUGGUGGCGCUGCGGCUGGCGGAGAUGGGUUUUGAGCCGGGCAGGCCCGACGAGGCGCAGCAGCAGCAGCAGCAGUCGAUCAAGGCGGUGGGCGGCGGCGGCGCCGGGCUGGCCGGCUGGGGCAGCCUGGCCGCCACCCUGGGAUCCAAAGACGCGCUGAAGAGCAAGCCGCCGCCGCCGCCGCCGCGCGGCGAGCGCGACCUGGACAGCCAGGCGGCGGAGGCGGGCGCGCCCAGCCACUUCUUCUGCCCCAUCUCGCUGCAAAUCAUGCGCGACCCCGUGGUGGUGGCGGCCACCGGCCAGACGUACGACCGCCCCUGCAUCGAGCGCUGGCUGGCGCAGGGCAACAGCAGCUGCCCCGCCACGGGCCAGGCGCUGCGGCCACCGGCGGCGCUCGUGCCAAACGUGGCGCUGCGCGCGUCGAUUGAGGAGUGGGCGGAGAAGCACGCGCCAUGGCUGCUGGACCUCAACCGCCGGGUGAAGCCCAUCCCCAAGGACGAGCAGUUUGCGGCGCUGCCGCCGCCAGACGCCGCACAGGGCCACGACCCAGACCUGGCCUACGCCAUCCGGCUGCAGCAGGAGGAGCUGGCUCGGCUGGCCUCACGGCGAGGCGCGGCGCCGCCGCCCGGCGCCGCCGCCGCCGCCGGCGGCAUGGCGGCGUUCGGCGUGGAGGCCGGCGCCGCCGCCCCGCAGGCCGCCUCCGCGCGCGGCAGCCCCAGCCGCGGCGGCGGCGGCGGCGGCGGCGGCGGCGGCGGUUCGCGGCGCCUGGGGCGUGGCGCGCCGCGCGGCCGCGCCGCCUGCCUCUCCCCCGCCACCGCGGCGCUGUUUGCUGCCACCGCCGCCUACAUCGCGCUGUACGUGGUCAGCCUAGCGCUCAACGGCUGGAACAUAGAGGACCUGGCGGUGAACCCGUGGGCGGGGUCCAGCCUGGCGGCGCUGAUGGAUGUGGGGGCGCAGGAAGCGGCGGCGGUGGCCACCGGCGGCCAGUGGUGGCGCCUCUUCACCUCCCCCUUUGUCAACGCCGGCGUCAUCCAGCUGCUGCUCAACAUGUCGUGCCUGUGGACGUUUGGGAGGUACCUGGAGGGGGCGAUGCGCCCCCACGCAGCCCCCUGCAUAGCGGCCACCUACCUGGUGGGAGGGUGGGCGGGCGCCCUGGCCUCCGCCAACCUCAACCACUACUAUAUCACCUGCGGCGCCUCGGCGGGCGUCUGCGCGCUGCUGGGCGCUGUGUGGGGUGACCAGCUUGUGAAUGGGCGCAAGUAUGUGAGGCGGGUGUGGACGGUGGCGGUGCUGGCCCUCAUCACCGCCAUCUUCAUCACCAUGAGCCUGCUGCCGCUGCUGGACCCCUGGUACCAGGCAGCCGCGCUGGUCGCAGCCCUGGGCGAGUCCCACGCCCUGCCCAACGGCACCACCAUUGCUGCGGGGGACACCGACCUGGUCACCCAGAUCUGCAGCCAGUACUGCUCCGAUGACGGCACGGACGCCGGCAGCGCCGAGGGCUCGGAUGGCGGCACGACCGCGCCCGGGGGCGGCAGCACCACACCCUCCCCCUCCCCCUCGGAUAGCGGCACCACGCCGUCCCCCUCCCCCGCCGCCACCCCCACCCCAGUGGGCACCGGCAGCAGCAGUGAUGGGGUGCUGCUGUAGCGCCUGGGCAGCCGGGGUGCAGCGCCCGCCGGCUAUCCCCGGCUUGCUUGGGCGGGGGCUUUGUUGGCCUGGGUUUGUUCAUUCUUUUAGUUACCUGGCCUAUUUGUCCUCACUUGCCCCUCCCCUGCUCUCUCUUCUGCCCUGCCCAUACCUCUCAACAGCAUCGAGGGCUUUUUUCUUCUUUGUACAUCUCUUGUUAAAUGCAUGCCAAA